UCAUGUGUUUUGACUUGUCGCAUGUUUCACUUGUUGCCCAGAGAUUCCUGAUACUGAAUGUGUACUUAUUAUUACAUUGAGCGAUGGGGAACCUUCCUCAACAUUACCUAUGUGGACAUUUUGAGAAUAUAAAAACAGAAGCAU